AUGAUACCCAUCGUCCAACUCGACCCAGACAACCCAUUCCCACUCCUAAUCACAACCACCAUCUCCAAGAACUCACAGCUGCCCCAUGUCGAGAAUUUCCGAAUCGAAGAAAUGAACUGGUCCAAUCCGGUCGGGGCGAGUUUACGAGAUGCACAGCAGGUUGAACUGGAUGCGCGCUAUGAGCAAGGCAAACUCGGGAAAGAACCUGGAAUCAAACCUUCCUCGGACAACAUCGCCCUUUUCGUCAUUUCGUAUCCCGUCUCGAUUCUCGAUUCCAACUCUCCCGAUCCAUCCGAAUCGAUCCCGAUAGCUUGCGGCGCGCUGAGAAAACUUGAUGAGGAUUACAUGGAGUUAAAACGAAUGUACGCGAUCCCUUCCGUUCGAGGUUCAGGCGCGGCUCUAUCCGUCCUAACAGCGCUCGAACGCUAUGCUCGGAAAAUAAAAGGGUUAAAGGGGAUAAGACUCGAAGCGGGGGAGUUGCACGUUGAAGCUAUAAAGAACGGGUACAAGGAGAUUGAACGUUUUGGGAAUUAUAAAGAUGUUCCUUGGUCUCGGUGUUUUGAAAAGAAAUUUGAGUGA